AUGGCCGACAGCAUGUGCGGCCCGUCUAACGGUGCCAAGAAUCUUCUGGCUCACGUCGACCGCGACCGCGGCCACCAGCAGGAUCGUUUUGUCAACGUCCAGCAGCCUGGCGCCGGCAACGCCUUCCGCUCUCACAAUGCCGUCGGCAACGGCGCCGAGAUGGCCUUCGGCGGCUUCCAGAACGGCACUGCUCCGAUGGACGCCUCUUUCGGCCCCGGUCUCGACAUGCACAUGGGUCCCGGCGCUAGACCUUUCGGCCACCCCGCUCCGGGUGUCCCCGGUGUUCCGUCCGGCAUGGGCCACAUGGCUCCGGUCGCCCCGGCGGGCCGUCUUGUCUCUCCGGCCACCGGCGGCCCCUCGCACCAGGAGUGGGUCAACCAAUUCUCUACCAUGCAACUUGGCGGCAGCAAGGCCGGCCCUAGCGCUGCCAUGCCCGCUCAGAUGCAGGCCAACCGCGCCAACAUGGCUGCCAUGAACCCGGCCAUGAACAUGCAGCAGGGCAAUUUCGGCAUGCCCAUGUAUGGUGCCGGUGCCAUGGGCUUCGCCCCCCACAUGAACCCGGCUGCGCAGCAGCAGCAGGUCCAACCCGCCGUGACCCAAGAGUCCGCCAUCGACGUCGAAGCUUUCAACCGCGCUUUCGGCGAGUACGACGAUUCCAACUUCGAGACCGAGCUGGCCGGCUGGAAGGAACAGGAGCAGGCCGCCAACAAGGAGUUUGCCGAGGCCCAGGAUGAGUGGAUGGCCGAGCACGGUCCGCACACCGAGGCUACCGCCACCAAGAUGGCGCCUCCGACCCCUGCCGAGAUGAAGAUCAUUGACGCCAACAUGGAGGAGAUUGCCGCUGAGCAGGACGAAGUCAAGGAGAUGACGGCCCGCGGCAACGAGGAGCUCGUCCGUGCCGCCACCGAGAUCAUCAGCUCCAUUGCUGACAACACUUCCGAGAAGUUCAAGAACUCGCGCUUCUUUGAGCUCAUGCGUCGCAUUGGCAAUCGCGAGGUGGUCGUCGAGGGCGAUAGCUUCGUCAACGCGGUCACCGGUGAGUCUGUCAAGACGGCUGACGAUGAGGAGGAUAUCAUUCGCGAGAAGGCUGCUGCUUCCGCCUCAGGCGCUGCCACUGUCACCGCAGCCACCGCUUGA